GGUUCUGAUGUUAAUCUCCCUUUGCAAGCACUUUCCUCAAUAAACUCCUCAGUCCGCUCUGCCAACACGCUCUGGUUCCACAGGGAAUGCCGGUGACGUCUUUGGCUCUGCAUCUAUUGCCUCUCUUUGGAACGGAAACGUGACCGCCCUUUGAGGACUGAGACGAGCCGACGGUAUAUAACCAGAAACUUUCAGGCUGUUGACAGUCAGACUUGUACCCAGAGAGGUUUGGGUAGGAGUAACUCAGCUCGCCCUGCAUCGGACAGAGGGCAGAACUCAAAAGACCCCGCAAAAGAGUCCAGCUAGAAGAGAGGCGAAGAUAUAUCGACAGGUCUUCCUCAGUCACACAGGCGACUCCUUCAGCACCAAGGACAGCGAUCGACGCCAGCACAGAGCGCGUUCCUUUUGGACCCUUCGAAAUGGUGAUCAGAUUCGAUUCCCAGUCGGUGACGCUUUUCGCGCUCCUCAGCGUCCUCUGCUCCCGGGGAUCGGCCUUCCCGGCGCUGGGCACUUACUCCAAUCUAAGACUGGGAGAUGCCGUUGGGUUUGAUGAGCAGAGCAAAGCGGACCGCUCACAUUUACCGUUGAAAACCGACGACGACAUUUACCAAAGCCCCUUGUUCGACAGUGAAAAGCUCUACCGCAGGUCCGAAACCUUCCCGAGAGUAACGCGACACUCUGAUGGUCUUUUCACCAGCGAAUACAGCAAAGUGCUGGGCCAGAUGGCCGCCAGAAAGUACCUGGAAUCACUGAUGGGGAAAAGAGUCGGUGCCCAAGCUGGACAGGUUCCAGCCAAACGCUACGCCGAUGCUGUCUUCACUGACGAUUACAGCCGUAUGCAGAAACAGAUGGCGCUGAAGAACUACAUCGACAACUUACUGACCAACAAGAGAAGCCAUGAAGAGUUGAACCCAGACAACCUCUCAGACACUGCUCCACUUGGUGAGAACUACGACAGUGUUGUGGUCGAUGGCCUUUUGAAUCACCUUCCAACUUUUAACUCCUAAAGAACAUCCUAUCACCUACUGAACUGAAAACUACACGCAGCCUUUCUCGACUACUAACCUGGAGUGUAAGCUUAUCAUUGUCAAGUUCCAAACCAACGUGUUGUGCAGUGAUUGCUUUGGUGACCCAUUUAGUUCUUCAUAAAUGAGAGUCAAUGUUUACACACACUGUAAAUUUCUGUUUUUUCUCAACUUCUGCCUAUAGUUUGUAGUUAUGUCUAUCAGCCUUGGACCAAGGUACCCUCUGUAAUGUUAGACAUCAUUAUAAUGUUAC